AUGUCAUCGAUGUUCAUAGUUCUGGGAAGAGGUCGAUUGACGACUACUACUACUACUGUAUAUUUGCUUCGCGCUAUGGCUCCCGCCAAAGACAUUCUGGAGGAUUGCAAGGUGACCAAAGACCAACAAGGGGGUGAUCAACUAUCUGUGGUUCAGAUGGGAAAUCUGGCGGAUGUCUCAUCCACCCCCGAAGCACACAAAGUCCGCUGGAAAAUUGACUCUCUGCUGCUUCCCUUGCUCGGGGUUUGCUACAUGCUCCAGUUCCUGGAUAAGCAGACUCUAAGCUACGCAUCCUUGCUGGGAAUUCUGGAAGAUGUCCACCUGGUUGACCGCCAAUUUUCGUGGACCGCGUCCAUCUUCUACUUUGGCUUCAUCUUCUGGUCCUAUCCGACGGUGUAUCUUUCGGUCCGAUUGCCUCUUGGAAAGUACCUCGGCUGUACCGUAAUUCUAUGGGCGGCCGUCCUCAUGUGUCAUGCCGCAUGCCGCAGCUUCGCUAGCAUCAUGGUCACCCGGUUCUUUCUCGGUGCGUUGGAAGCGUCCAUCGCUCCCGGGUUCUCGCUUAUUACAGGGAAAUGGUAUACGCGCGAAGAGCAGCCCCUCCGCUACGGGCUCUGGUUCGCCGGAUCUGCCGUGGCGAGUCUCUUCGGCGGCUUAAUCGCCUACGGGAUUGGGCACCUCAACGGUGCUCUUGCCCACUGGCAAUACCUAUUUCUCAUAUUUGGUGCAAUCACUGUUUUCUGGGGUACGGUGAUGCUUGUUCUUCUUCCUGACAGCACCAACAACGCCCUGUGGUUGCGAAAGGUCGAGAGACACAUCGCAGCUCACCGUGUGUUGGAACCCUCGCAGGAAGCCCGGGGCGGCGGCGGCUACAAACCCUACCAAGUAGUGGAGGCUUUCAAGGACCCGGUUACUUGGUGCCUAUCGCUGUACUCAUUCAGCGUCAAUAUCGCGAACGGCGGGUUGACCUCAUUCGGCUCUCUUGUGAUCCAGGGAUUUGGCUAUGAAGGAAUACAAGCUCUACUCAUCCAGAUGCCGACCGGUGCAUCUCAGUUGGCCUUUAUUAUUGUCGGCGCCGUCAUAUGCUCUUCCUUCCGAAAUAUGCGUCUCAUCGUCAUCUUCUCUUUCGCGGUCAUUAGCAUGAUUGGCAUGGUGCUGAUGUAUGCACUCGACGAGAAGAACCAAUCCGGCCGAUUGGCCGGUUUCUGUCUCAGUCUUGCCUUUUCGGCGAGCAUGCCCAUUUCUUUGUCGCUGGUGACGAGCAAUGUGGGUGGGAUGACCAAGAAGGCCACUGUCAAUGCGUGUGUGCUGGUGAUGUAUUGUGUGGGGAAUGUCGUCGGCCCCCAAUUCUUCAAUGUCGAGGAUGCACCGAACUAUCCCAAAGGCAUCCGGGCCAGUCUGGCUGGGUUCUGUCUGGGGGCGUUUUUCAUCGCAGUGCUGCGGCUGUACCUGAUGUGGGCGAACGUACGUCGUGGCCGGCAGCCGAAUGGCGAAGAGCGCAUAGUAUCCGACCAUGAGGAUAAGACGGACUGGGAGAUUCCUUCCUUUCGGGAGCGGAGAGGGUUAUGUAGCGCACAGCAGGACCUGGUAAUUUCUUGA